AUGAAUGCUCCCGUCUCAAAAGACUCUGGUGGAGACAAUUUCACGGAAUGUUUUCCAAAGUCAAAGGAAGACAAUGAUUCCCCUCAACUCGAUCAAACUUUGGACAGUCCUCAACUACAAGACUCACAAUUCGAAGAAAGCUUUAGCCAAAGUCCCUUGCCUAGCACCGAUUUGGACUUCGAAUCGCUAUUUGAAAGGUUUGAUGCCCAGGAAAAGGAUCAUUCGAUCUUUCAUUGGCCUUGGGUAGAAUUUCCGAACCAAUCCGGGCAGUAUCAUGGAGGUUUGAUACAAAGUCCGUCUCCGAAUAACACGCCUGAUGCUCUCAAACCACGUUCAACAGAGAUAAGGACCGAGAUAUACAAUGCUAUUGGCAGCCUCAACAUUCCAGAGGACGAGCCCCGACUCAAACCUACUUUUGAAGCGUUGGAUAUUCUGACGCCUGAAAGGAUUCACACGUUUAUCAAACUGUACUUUCAUCAUUGGCACCGACAUGGGCCCAUAAUUCACGAACCAACUUUCGAGCCAUCGAAAACAGCUCUGCCACUUCUCCUCUCAGUUUUCGCCAUCGGUGGAAUGUAUUCUAAGGACCCGCUAGAAGUCUCCAUGAUGAAAUUGCUAUUGGACUUCAUAGAGAUAGCAGUCUACAGCAGUGUUAGGAUUGAAGACGAUUAUGAGAUUAAACAAAGUGCUCCAACCGGCAAAAAUGAUGAAUGUGAGGAACAACGCCAACUGGAAGAGUUCCAGGGUGCUUAUCUCAUGGUUGUCGUUCAGUACUGGGCAGGAAACGCGAUGGCUAAGAAGCGAGUACGACAACAAAGAUUCAUGAGACUGGUUUCAAUAGCCCGUUCUAGACUGGCAUUAACAACACAGCAUCAGGUCAAUUUUACCCUAUCCAACAACCAAGACUUUCGUUCGUGGAUUAGACGAGAAUGUAUAUUGCGAACAAUGAAUAUUAUGAUGACUCUUGACAACGCGUUUGGUAUCUUCAACAAUCUCCCACCACACUUUAAUUGGAGCGAAUUAGAUUUAGAGCUCCCGUGCGAAUCCAAAUACUUUGAGGCCACAAGCUACGAUGACAUGCACGAUCGAUCCUGUUUCCCGCAGAGAAAGGCAAAGGUUACAGAAGCAUUUCAGUUGUUCUUUCUCCAGGCAAGUCCACAAUCGGAUCGGUUCGAUCCUGUCGAAAAAGGAGCCUUGAACAUGUGGGAUCUACAGAUCUUAGUACAUGUAUUUUACACUUUUGUCUGGCAACAGCUCUUCGGAAAUCCAGUGGCAAGCGUGCUACCAGACACCCUCAAUCCUUUCAUUGCAUCCGUCAAAUUAGCUCUGCACAACUGGAAGAGGGUUUGGGAUGAGGUGCAAUGUGGUAUUGCACCUGCUGAGCUGUUAGCAAUGGGAUUUCCAGGCUCAGCUGAGAGAUAUUGGCUUGUCACACGAUUUGUUAUCCACAGUUUUGAAAAUAAUAGAGGCAAACCUCUAGUGCCGAUCAAAGCGGACGUUGAUGAUACUGGAGCUCAUUUGAAGCCCGCAAUGUCAUUGAUACACAAUUAA